AUGGCGGCGCAGUUGACGACGCUAAAAGCUGCUCAGGCAGAUGGAAUGUAUUACCCGCCGAAUUGGCGGCCGGAAAUGGGAAGUCUCGACAAAAUGCACGGGAGCCACCACUUGACACACCAGGCGAAGAAGAUCAAAGAAGGAAUCCUUAUUGUUAGGAUUGAACUGCCCUUUCCGAUUUGGUGCACAGGAUGCAACAACAAAUUCGCGCUGGCGACGCGCUACACUGCCGAAAAGUUCUGCGUCGGGAAGUAUCUUUCGACUCCGGUCUACAAGUUCAAGAUGAAAUGCCACAAGUGUCCGCAAAUGCACGAAAUGCGCACCGACCCGGCCAACUUUGACUAUGUCUGCGUUUCUGGCUGCAGGAGGGAUGUUCGUUCUUGGGACAUGGAAGAAAACGGACAGGUGAGCUUCACUGAUUCUGCCGAGCGCGCAAGACUGGACAAUGACCCGAUGUUCGCGCUGGAAAAGGGCAAGAACGACAAGAACGUGCACGACGAGCGGAAGCCCGAGCUGCUCAAGCUCAAGAUCCAAAAUGCGAAGAAGCACGGCGACAGCUUCAAACUCAACAGGGCCCUUAGGGCGGGUUUAAGAUACGCAAAAAUGCAUGAGAGUGAAGCCACUGACGAAGAAAAAGCUAUGGCGAAAGUAAUUAUGGCCCAGAAAGUAAAAUCCGCCAGCUCGGGCGGCAAAAAAGCGGCAAACAAACUCAGUGGCGCAAAAAGAACUCUAACUUUGGCGAAGCUCGGCGUCACGAAAUCAAAACGCGCGAAAUCCUCGGCGCUAGAAUCUGAAUCAAAAGAAUCAGCUCCAGCAGUUCCUUCUUGUAAACCAGCGCUUAUUUGCGACUACAGCGAUUCUAGCGAGGAUGAAAGCUGA